AUGGCAUUCAGGAGGCAAGUGAAAAACUUUGUGAAAAAUUACUCAGAUGCUGAAAUCAAAGUCAGGGAAGCAACUUCUAAUGACCCUUGGGGUCCCUCUAGUUCUCUGAUGCUAGAUAUCAGUGACCUGACCUUCAACACGAUUUCUCUCUCAGAGAUUAUGAAUAUGAUAUGGCAGAGACUAAACGACCAUGGAAAGAACUGGCGCCAUGUUUAUAAAUCCCUUACACUAAUGGAUUAUCUCAUCAAGAACGGAUCAAAGAAAGUUAUUCAGCAUUGUAGAGAGGGCUUCUGCAACCUUCAAACACUAAAAGAUUUUCAACACAUAGAUGAAGCUGGAAAAGACCAAGGUUAUCAUAUCCGGGAAAAGUCUAAGCAAGUCCUAACAUUGCUAAUGGAUGAACAAUUGCUGCGUAAGGAGAGGGAAGUAGCCUGUCGGACUAGACGGCGUACCUCCUACUCGGUGACAUUUCCUGAAAGAUUACCUGGUACAGGUAACUCACCAACAGCCUGUGCUUCUGCCCCCACACCAGAAGUUCCUGCUUCGGAGAAGAAGCAAAAGUUUCUUAAGGUUGCAAGACUAUGUAAAAAAAAAAAUGGUUCCAAGGAAGGAUUGAAACAAGAGCAGUGCCAAGACAUUCUGCUGCCUAGUAGAGCUGCAUUGUCCCAGGAAACGCUACCACUCAAGUUGAAUGCUUGCAAAUCAACGGAGGACCUGAUGCUAUUUUAUGAGGAUGACCCAAAGCCACUUUUGCCAGCAGCUCCUCCUGCCAUCAUCUCGUCAAUUACAUGGCUGUCAGAAGGGCAAGCAGACGUGUGUAACCUCUGGAAUGCAGAUGCAGUGCCUCCUCCCUCAGAAAAUAACCCAUCUCUGCAGAUAAAUGUGAGUUUAGACAAAUCAGACAGUACCAUUACAAAUACCGUAACAGAAAACUGUUUGCAAAUGCCUCUAAAAAAGCGGUCAACUGCGAAAGGUAUUGAAACAUUGACAACUUUGCCAGCAUUUUGGUCAAGUAAAGAAGAGUUUAUCAGCCCUAAUUUAAGGACAUCAAAGUCAGAUUCUACUUUCUACGACCAAGCCUCCGUAGAGACACUCUAUGUCUCUCCCUCAUUCAAAAUGUUUGACUCAUUGAAGGAGAUUGUAAUCAAUGCGGACUCCCAGAAAUCAACACAACCCAGCAUUGCUCAGACGGAUAAUGAAAACCUCAAGACCUUAACGACAUUGGUUUCAACCACCUCUGAAGGAACAUCCUCCUUUUCUACUUUAUCUGUGUCGUCUCCUGAUUCAACCUCUCUAGAGAAGCCUGUUCCUCUCUUAUCCUCGAUUUUGGCCGGAUCUUCCUUCUGGACUUUGUCCCAUCAACGGUCUUCUUCUGCCUCCUCUAAAGAUAAACAUAACACAGCCAGUGUUCAUCACUCCUUUGAUCCUAAGAACACAGUAUCUUCUGAUGAAGAAGAAAAUGACAACCUUAAUCUACUGGAAGUUAUUCCAGAUAACUCUAAUUCUGAUGUAAAGAAGAUAAAUCAUAUUUCUAAAAGUAACUGGGUAGAGUUUUCCACCCAAAAUGUAGACCACUUCACCUCUGUGUCCUGUUCUAGUUUGCAGACAACCAAAUGCCUGCCUAGGGAGCCCAAAGCAAACAAUUCCAUUCAAGUUCUUCUAGGGGAGGUGAAAAAUGCGAUAGUCAAAUUACACGAAGAUCUGAGUAUGGUGAUACAAGAGCUUAGUGUCAUCAGUAACCAUCUCGUAUGCAUGAGUGGAAAUAGUCCACAAAAAAGCGCUUCUCUGCAGUUUCCCCAGUCCUCUGAGGGGGGCCCAGGUCAAAUCUAA